AUGUCUGAAAGCUCUUCAAGCACGACAAAAUUAGUUAAAACAGUUUCCGAGCUUGCAGAAUCUCCAGCUCCAUCAACACCAUCAACCCAAAGCAUAAAUUCGUUACUUGCUGAUUGCACUUUCUCAACACCAACAUCAUCGUUAUCUCCUUCAUUAAUAAGCACUCCACGUUCAGAUAAAUACUCAGACUCUAUAGAUACUAUGAUGCUUAGUACUUCGCUUAAUGAUGAGAAUUAUUCUCAAGAAAUAAAUUCAUUUUUAAAAGAUUUCAAUAAAAAGUUUGAUGUUACAGCAAAUAGUGUUCAUGACAUCAUAGAUAUUGUUUCUACCUUAUUGCAAAGAAAAAAUAAAACUAAUAUGAUUCAAGAAAAAUUAAACAAGCAGAUUCAAGAUCUACAAAGUACAAACUUUAAAUUAACAUCAGAGAAUGAUCAGUUACGAUUCCAGCUUGCAGAUCUUCAGAGCAAAUCUUCAAAUGCUGAACAUUUAUGCACAAACCUAACAAAUCAAAACAAUGCUUUGAAAGAUACUAACAACACACUUCAGGAGGAAAUUAAAACUCUUAAGGCUUCCUUAACAUCGAUGCAGGAUAUAAUGGAAGGGCAAAUACAAGACUUGCAAAAUUUAGGUAAGCAGAGAAUUGAUCUUAUCACCAUUUGCAAUAAGCAGACCAACUUGUAUCAAAAAUUAGAAUCGUGUAUGAAAGCAAAAGUACCCGAACCAGUAGUUAAGAAAGAAAUUCCAAAAAUUAUAGAACAGAAACCAGACUUAUCUCAGGAACAUUAUCAAAUCAUAGCAUCUAUGAUAAAAAUAAUUGAUGAAUGUAUCAAAACAGAUUCAAAUCCAUAUAAAUCAAUAAGAGACGAUUCUAAUUUUGAACCAAAAGAGAGAAUUAUGCGCAUUACCAAACUCCUUGUAGAAAACUAUAAGCAAGAAAAACAAUUAUGCUCUCAAUAUGAGCAAGACAAGGCUAAUUUUGAAAAGAAAUCACAAACUUAUCAAAAGAAAUGCUUUGAAAUUUUAACUCUUUUUGAAGGACAACUUGACUUCCUACAAAAGCUUUCACAUAGCACAGACCUCCAAAAUGCACUUUUAUACAAAGAAAAAACUGCAACAUCGGUAAUUUUAUCAGAUGAUGAUAAAACAGUUUUGAUGCGAAAGUGUGCUAAUUUGAGGAAGUUUGUUGACGAAACUUUCAUUAAUCUUUCUCAAUCCAAGAUUGAAGAUAUCAUGAACACAAGCGAUUCUACUGAAACAAUCAGAGUUUUCGAUCUCUUGAAUACUGAUGAACCAGAUAAUCUCCUUAAUAAAGUUCUAAGCUCAAUUGGAGAGAAAACUGAUGUUGAUAUUCGUGAAAUAUUUGAUUUGUUCAGGGCUCAACUGUUUAUGAAUUGUUUGCUAAAGAAUCACAUCUCAGAUAUGCAUAUUCGAGUCGCAAGAAUUGGCCAAGAAAAUACAUCACUUAAGAAAUUGUUACAAGAGACAAGAGAAAAGGAUAUUGUUCCAGUAAAACUCAGGGCUGAAGAUUUAGAAAGAAAGUACAUGAAGAUCAGGAAUUUCUUAUCCAAAUUUGUUCCAGUUGAUGAUGUCACACCAACCCUAACGUUAAUCAAGCGUGCAAUGAAUGUAGUAAAGAACACAACAGAAGAAUCCAAUGCUGCUGUUGAAAUGGCAGAAAAGUUAAAGAAAGAACUUGAUACUGUUACUAAAGAGAGAGAUGCCUUAGCGCUUUACUUGAAGAAAUCUCAGAAGGACAAUAAUAAGACAAAUAAAGAAUCAACCAAGCUUUCAAAGCAAACAAAAACAGAAUUAGCUAAAGCUCAGGAGGAGUUAGCUCAAAUUAAAGAACAAUGUACUAAGUUCACAGAUGAAAUUCAGGCAUUAACUAAAACAGUUGAAGACAAAAAUGCUGAGUUACAGAAGAAUAAAGAAGACUUUGAAAGGCAAAUGCAAGUAUUACAAGAUAAGAUUUUGCUUUUCAAUGAAGAAAAGAAACAAAAUGAUGAAAAACAGGCAGCAUUAAUUUCACAAGUCGAAGAGGAUAAGAAAGUAAUUGAGACCACAAAGAAACAGAGAAAUGCAUUAAAACGUAAAUUAGACCAGACUGUCGAAUCUAAUAAAAAUAUUGCUGACACAAUGGAGAAACAAUCGAAUGCAAUGAAAGAAAAUUACACAGCUACUAUAAACUCAUUGCAAUCUCAAUAUGAAGCUUCCUUAAAAGAACUUGAGAACCAACAAGCAAGUAUGAUGGAUUUACAGUCUAAAUGCCAGCAAUUGACAUCAGAGAACUCCAAAUUAAGAGUGGAAAAUAAAACAUUGGAAAUGAAGGUUAAAAUGUUUGAAGGUAAAAGUCUUGUAGACCAGCAGAAUAUUCAAUCAAGAAUAACAGCUCAAGUAACCGCUGCUCAAAUGGAGAAUGCUAACAUCAUAUCUUCCCUCAAACAAGUUAUUGAAGAAACAAAGAAUGGCUUCCAAGAAUUGUUUGGCGGAAGAUAUAUUAUUCAUGAAUUAAGUGAAGCUGUAGACUUGGUUCAAAAAGAGCUUUCUCAGCUCAGUCAAAAGGAAAUUCAAUAUGGAGAACUCCUUGAAGAAUUUGAGAAAACUAAAAAUGUUUUGGGAAUUACAACUAAUGAUUUCAAGUUAAACGAAAUUGUUUCAAAUAUGAUGAAGCAAAUUGAUGAACUGAAACUUUCUUUGGAAGAUUCAACAAAGAAAUAUAAACAAAAUCAAGAUGAUGUUGAUAAAUUUAGGAAAGAAAUUAGAAAAUCUGAGAACCAACUCUCGCAGCUUAGAGCAUGGGAAAACUGGUCAAGAAGAAUAUAUUCAGUUAUAAAUGAUAUGGAUUCACUUAAUAUGUCUAAUGAUGAAAUGAGAUUAGUGUUAGAAGAAGCUCUUCUAGCAAGUGUAUCUCAUAAAUCGAUAUUCUUCAGGACAGAUAUGCUCAGAACAGAAAAGAAUUUAAUGGUCAAAUUCGAUAAAAGAAUAUUAAAUACAAGAUCUGUUGCAAAGCCAACAUUCAGAGCGGUUCUUAUUGCAACUCUUGCUGCAAGAAGGGUAUUUAAACUAGGUGGAGCGAUUCCACUCAAUAUUCAUGACUCGCCGAUAUCUUUCUAUGAAACUCCAAAAAGGAAGAAUUCGGUGAAGAAUUCGGUGAAGAAAUCGGUUUCCAGUUCAAAAAAGAAAUCUGUUCUAUAUAGUUCAAGUAUGAGAAAAUCUGUGAUACCGAUGUGGGCAUGA